AUGGAGUUUCACCACGCCGACAUUCCAAUGACUCGGACUCAGCCCCGGAACCAGCGCAAGAGACAGCGCCAGAGAGAGCAGAAAGCAAUGCUUCAAGAAGCAUCAAUGUCACAUAAUCCAACAGACACAGAUAACACUGAGUCCAUGACUGGUCUGCAGGACCAGGCCCUCACCGCAGAGCUGCUCACACAGACUGAAGAGCUGAAACUACAGUUAGAGAGGGAGCAGCAGAGAAACCAGGCCUCCCAGAAAGACCUCCUCACACAAAUUGAGAGGCUCAAAGAGGAAGUAGAGCGGAAUCCAGGGGAGAUGUGGGCCUUCAAAUCUCGUCACCGGGCACAGCGCGAGGAAUGGAUGGAGUAUGUUGAGAAUAUGCACAAGAAAGACCUUGAAGCAAAAGAUAGAAUACUCAGGAGUCUUGAAAAACAAAACGCCAAAACGCAUAAUGUCCAGGUGAAUGAAGCCCGGAAAACGGUGGCGGAUGAUUUACUUCAUCUCCAAAAUAAGCUUAACCGAAAAGACAAAAGAGCACAGACACUCCUGGAUAUAAUCUCAGAAAAGUCUCGUCAAGAGACCAUUCUGAGGAACCAGGUCACAGCUCUCCAACAGGAGCUGCAGCAGGAGCAGCAGGAGAAGGAGUUACUGAGGAGUCAGGUGACCCAACUCAAGUUGUCUCUGAGCGAAAAAGACGCAGCAGAGAGACAUGUAGAGCAGUUACAGACAGAGACACAAAAGCUGUCAACAACCGUAGACACUCUCACGUCUGCCCUGGACCAAGAGAAGAGUCUCACCAGAGAUGCUGUGAGAAAAAUGCAAGAGAAGGAAAGAGAGACGCAAGAGCUGAAGACGCAAGUGAAAACACUAACAUCUGCCCUGAACCAGGAGAAGCAGGCCACCACAGAGGCUCAGACCUCCCACACUGGUCUGCUAGAGCAGAUGGAGUAUGUCCAGAAUGAGCACAGCAAAGAGCUGGAGGCCAAAGAGUCUGAGCUCACUCUCCUGAAACAGCAGAAGGCUUCUGCCUUUAAAGCACAAGUGGAGGAAGCGAGAAAGGCUGUGUGGGCGGAGAUAGCAGACCUUAAGGUAGCUAACUUUGAAAUUGAGGAGGAGUUGAAUGUAAGAGACAAAAGAACCCAGGCCCUCCAAGAUACAAUCACCCAGAGGUUAGAAGAAGAAAAAUGUCUGAAAGAUCAGGUGACUGAGCCCAGACAGGCCCUGCGCGAGGAAAAACACGAGACUGAGGAUUUGUGGAGAGCGGUGGAGGAACUACAGGGCAACCAUAAUACUAAAGAUUCUCCCGCCUGCAACAGAGAAGUCUGGGAAGUCCUCAAGGAGAAGCUUCAGCAGCAGCACCGAGAGCAACUAUGUGCUGAAAAACAGAGCCAGCUGAUCCUGGAGCAGCAGAUUCAGAAGCUGUCUGAGGAUCUGACUUCCUCUCAGAAGUACAACACUGCUCUGGAGCUAGAGAUCCAUGAGCUCCAGGAUGAGGUCAAUGGGCUGCACAUGAAGAGGAGGAGGAGGAGGAGCUGGUGGUGUUUGUAA